AUGCCGGCACUUGAUGUUGAAGAAGCAUCAAAUAAAAUCAACCUUGUCGAGGCCAGCGUGAAGGAGCUGCUUCAUGCUUUGAAUAUCCGUGCCAUAUCCAGCGUGCGGCUUGUCUCCCUCUACUUGCACCGAAUUGGAUACUACGAUUGUCGAGGUCCUUCACUGAACUCAGUCUGUGUUCUGAAUCCGAAUGUAUUUCAGGAAGCCCAAGAAUCAGAUGACUAUCGAGCCAGCGGUCUGCCACCAAGGCCCUUGGAAGGCAUUCCAUUCACAGUGAAGGACAGUUUCAAGGUCAAAGGCAUGACCGUAGCCGCGGGGUCGCCUGCAUUCAGCGAGCUGAUUGCCUCGGACGACGCAGCAAUCGUUUCACUCCUUCGUGAAGCUGGGGCCAUAAUAAUAGGCAAGACCAAUAUGCCAGCAAUGGCGGAUGGUGGGGGACAACGAGGACUUUAUGGCAGGGCAGAAAGUCCGUACAAUCCCACCUAUUCCACCACAGCCUAUGCAUCUGGCUCCUCCAACGGGUCGGGCACAUCAACAGCUGCAAGCUUCGCCGCUUUUGGACUUGCUGGAGAAACUGUUUCUUCGGGAAGGGCACCGGCAUCGAAUAAUGCGCUCAUUGGAUACUCACCGUCUCGGGGGUUGAUACCGAAUAGAGGUCAAUGGCCUCUUUACCCAACGUGCGAUGUUAUUGUUCCUCACACCCGAACAAUGGAAGAUCUGUUUAUUCUCCUAGACGUCAUAGUGGCAGAUGACAAGAUAUCAGCAGAAGGAUUUGACUUCUGGAGGAAUCAAAAGUUCGUUCCGAUCCCCCAUGCUUCGGACGUUCGACCUGUCAGCUUCAACUCUUUAGCGGAUCCUUAUUCACUUAUUGGAAAACGUGUUGCUGUUCCCAGGUGUUUUAUCGGUAUUCAAUCUGCAAAGCCGCCCCAUGUCUGCACGGAAUCUGUGCAAAGGCUUUGGGAGAAUACGCGUACGACGCUGGAGGAUCUUGGAGCUACAAUCAUCGAGUCCGAUUUCCCUUUCCUCGAACAGUAUACCAAAAAGGACUUCCCGGGACAAAGCUGCAAUGUACCCGGAAUGCCCGGAAACUGGAAUAGCAUUGAACGCUGUCAAAUGAUAGCCACUGCCUGGGAUGAUUUUCUCCGACAGAACAACGACCCGAAUUGCUCAAGCCUUGCUGAGUCUGACCCAGACAAGAUCCAUCCACACAUCGCACCGAUGGACGAUCCGAUAAAAUUUACCGAGACAUACAAUCAAGUUCGUUACUCUGACAUGAUUGAUUUUGUCAAGAAUCGGACACGUUCAGUUGACACACUUCCUGGUACAAAAGAAGCUAUUCAGUCAUUGGAAAAUAUGCGGAAGAGAGAAUUCGAGGAUUGGAUGGAUUCUAAUGAUUUCGACCUUCUCGCCUUUCCCACCAACGGAGAUGUUGCGUACGCUAAUUGUGAUGAGGAGAUAGAACCGUUGACCCAUGCUCUACAGGAUGGGGUCAAGUAUUCUAACGGUGGACGAUCUCUUAAGCAUUGUGGUAUCCCUUGCAUCACCGUCCCAAUGGGCACAAUGAAGAGUAAACGCAUGCCCGUGGGAGUCACAUUCGCAUCAAAAGCUUACUCGGACAACGAUCUCCUUUGCUAUGCAUAUGCAUACGAAGCAGCAACUCAUGCUCGAACUGUUCCUUUGUUGACUCCUCCAUUGCCAACAGACCAUAUUUCACUAUCUACAAUUCCCCAAACGGGUUCAAUGAAAGCCAGGCCUAUUCUCGAAGCUACGACAGCAAGAAGUGAGCCGAUAGAGGGAGCGAAGCAGAAAAUCUGCCGUCGUGUCUCGAUGGAAGGCACCGUGUUAUCGAGCAAUCCGGAAGUUGGAGUUUCUUCUGUCCAGAUAUUCGUCAACGGUGAAGAAUCUUCCGUGGGCCAUUGCAAUCACGGGAAGUGGAGAUGGGAAACGACGAUUUCUCGACCCGAACGACUUGAACGAUUUCCAGAAAUCGGUCAAGUGCCAAAGAAUCAAUUUCUGAUUGUUGUCAUUGCUUCUUUAACCAAUGGACGAUGUGCAGCUUCGAUGUUCUUGUUAGAUUGA